UACAACUCUGCUCACCGUGAGAGUAGAGGACUGAAAUGACUAUACUUCCUCUCUUCUAAAAGUCCUGCAUCAUCCCCUUGACCUCCUUCACUUUUGUUUUGUGUGAACUGUUAGUUGAAGUUGUUGUCUCUCUUUCCCCUCUUCCUUUAAGCUCUUUUCUGUUCUGCUUCUUUAAGUGCCCAGGGGAUGAAGCCAUUCAAACAAACUGCCUGUUCUCUCCUGGCUUAUUUAUAGUGUAAGCAAACAGCAGUGUUUGUCUCUAGUCUCUCCAAUGCUACUGGGACUACUAAAUGAUCGGUUAUAGAACAUGGCUAAUGUGACACACAUGGAUUUGGACCUGGGAGGGAUAUUUCUAGAGAAUAGCCCCUAUAACUACGAUGAGGACUAUGUUUAUAAAGAGGAAUGCUCCCCUGAAGAUGGCGUUGGGGUGCGUUUUGGCACGGUGUUCCUCCCGAUGCUCUACUCCCUGACGCUGAUCCUGGGGCUAGUGGGUAAUGGGCUGGUCCUGGUGGUUCUGGUCCAGAGGAGGCGGAGCUGGAGCGUGACUGACACCAUCAUCCUGCACUUGGGCUUGGCUGACACCCUGCUGCUGGUCUCGCUGCCCCUUUGGGCUGUUCAGACCACUGGGGAAUGGAGCUUCGGGACCCCCCUCUGCAAGAUCACUGGAGCCAUGUUCACAAUCAACUUCUACUGUGGCAUCUUCCUGCUGGCCUGCAUCAGUCUAGACCGCUACAUGUCCGUGGUCCACGCGGUCCAGAUGUACUCUCGCAGGAAGCCCUGGAUGGUGCAGGCCAGCUGCCUGUCCGUGUGGCUCCUCUCCAUCCUCCUCUCCAUCCCCGACUGGCACUUCCUGGAGUCUGUGAGGGACACCAGACGAGACAAAGUGGAGUGUGUUCACAACUACCCGUCCCUCUCCCAGUCUUGGUUUGACUGGCGCCUGGCCUCCCGCCUGCUCUACCACACGGUGGGCUUCCUCCUCCCCUCUGCCGUGCUACUCUUCUGCUACUCCUGCAUCCUGCUGCGGCUGCAGCGCGGCUCCCAAGGCCUCCAGAAGCAGAGGGCCGUCCGGGUCAUCCUGGCGCUGGUGCUGGUCUUCUUCCUCUGCUGGACGCCCUACAACAUCAACCUCAUGGUGGACACUUUUCAGGGGAGACCUGGGGAGCCUGUUUCUGUGUCCUGUGAGAACGAGAGGACAGCUGUGGAGAACAGUCUGGUUGUCACGUUCGCUCUAGCCUGCCUGCACGCUUGCCUCAACCCAGUGCUCCAUCUCGGCCUGUGUAGAAACUUCCGGCGACACGUGCUGGAUAUGGUGAGGUGUGUUGAGGUGGUGCAGAACGAUCCGAAACUCUCACUAUGGGAUUCAGGUGUGGUUGAAGACUCACCUGACCAAGCAGAGGAGAUGGGGACGUUGAACCCAAUGACAACCAUGGGACAGGUACAGUCCACCCAGAGCUGAUGGGUAGGAAGAGGAUCCUAAUGAUUAAUAUAGUAUGUCUUCAGGGGAAGUUGAUGUAUGGGUCAUGGGUUUGAGUCUGGGGACUGUUGGAUGACUGUAACCUGGGUCAUGAGAGAAAGACAUGCAUAGUAGAAAGCCCCUUAUGAGGACUGCUUUCUUAGAAUUGCACCUUAAUGGAAAAAGCUCAGACUAAAUGUAUAUUUAUAUAUUUUUAUAAAGUCAGCGGGUUGUCUACUUUUCACGUUUUACCUAUCAAUGUCGUCCGGGUCUGUAGAAUCUGUUGGAAAGAAUUAUGCAUUCAUUAUUCAAACCUACAUCUAUAUAUAUGUGAUUCGGAAUAAAUGUAACAUGGAAUGGAACAUAAGAACUGACCUGGAAUAUUCAUGACAGAACCUGACCCUAUUUGUAUUUUGGUUAAACUGAAUGUCUGGUUUCCAAUUUUCUACCAAAAAAACACAAUUUUAA